AUGCAAGCGGUAGACGCCACUGGUGCCUUUAAUCGAAUCGGCUUCGCUAGUGCACGCCAGUCACACUUUCGAGCUCGAAAGAUCAAAGACACGUACGUGCACAAGGCGGUUUCGAGUGACACCAACAUCUUGCUGGUGACACCUGCAAGGAACGCAGCAGUGGAUGGUUUGCUCUCCCUCACGACUGGGAAGAGACCGAGAGAGACGUCGACUUUUGUGCCUUCUAAGCGCCAGCUUCCGAUAUCUCCUGUCGGCAGUGAAGCGCAAACGCCAGCUACUGAUACAGAAUCAUUGAAAAGUGAAAAAGAAGUUCCACUGGACUGGACUACCACACAGAAGAAACACCAGCAAGAACACAGGACGAUGCAGGACGAUCACGAUAGGACUUUGGAGGUGGAGAAUCAACAGCUUCGAAUGCAGAUCGAGAGCUUACAGCGACGACGGCGUCUGGGCUCCUAUGUUCGGCCAGCUAGAGAGAAUUUGUGGAACGUGGCACUCGAGUAUUUCCGAGUCUUUCGAAACGGUCUCCAGUGUAGAAGUCAGUCCUCUCGAAGCCAAUUUGAGCUUUUAAGGGCAACUAUGGCUCCUGAUAUGGCAUUCAACACUGGACAAGGCCCUGAAGCAAUGAUCAAGUCCUGGAAAUGCAUCUCUCUAUGGUUUCAAAACGUCGAGUUGGAGCUUGAAGGGAUGGAAAGGGGACCUACAGGUUUACUUGUCGCCUCUACAACGACCAGAGUCACCAUCACAGAGCGGACUCUACGCAACGUGUUUCCUCAUUUGUGGGUCCAAACCGGCAGCUACAAAGAACUAGCAGAGAAACUUCUUGGCCAAAGAAUCGUCAUGCGUGGCUCAAUUCAGUUUGAGUGGAACCCAGCUCAACGACGGGUUAGUAGUGUGAUAGCCCAGUCAGACUUGUUGAGACCGAUACACAGUCUAGUGGGUAGCUUGGAGGCAGUGAUGCAAGUGUUUGAGAAGGCUAUCAUUUCUCCCAAUUUCCAGUGGAGAUUGUCGGCAAACUAAGUAUAAAUAGAAUGAAUUUACUAUUUCUGAGCG